AUGUACAAACAUUCCCACGAAGCCGCUGUCAAGUCAGCAAUCACUGCUACUACAACAACCAUGCCCCAAAUGUGUUCUAUCAAUGUAAAUGUCAAAAUGUUUCCCCCAAUUGAUGUAGACAAGAAUAAAUUUCAAAAUAUAAAAAGUGAAAUUGCUUCCGGGAACGCAACUCCAGCUACAAAUGCUGAAGUAAAUGUUAAAACUAAAACAACUGCUAAUAUCGAAGACAUACAGCUUGCAACUGUUGCUACUACUGGGAAAAGGAAAUCUCCUGCUCCCACUACUCCCGUGCAGAUAAAAGUUUAUGAUGAUGCUGAACUAAAGAAAAACAUAAGUGAUUUAAAUAAAAGACAAGCCCAACAAGAACUCUUCCUGAAACAAUUUUCCGAAGAUAUAGCAUACAUCAAGAAAUCUAUUAUAAAAAUUGUCAAUCAAAAUCCCGAUUGGACUGUAAUUCAAAGGCGACAAGAUGGUUCCGAAGAUUUCUAUCGCACAUGGGAUGAGUAUAAGGAGGGCUUUGGCAAUUCGCAAGCGGAAUUUUUCAUUGGCCUGGAAAAUCUUCAUGAAAUGACAUCUAGCGCAUCGCAGGAAUUGUUAAUUAUAAUGGAAGAUUUUGAGCAUAAAACACGUUAUGCCAAGUAUGAUAAAUUUGUGAUUGGCGGUGAAGAUGAUAAAUACGCCAUUGUUGAGUUGGGCGAGUAUAGUGGUGAUGCCGGUGAUUCAAUGAGUUAUCAUAUGGGACGAAAGUUCUCGACGAAAGAUCAAGAUAAUGAUAAUAAUCCAACAUCGAAUUGUGCUAAGGAUUAUAAGGGUGGCUGGUGGUUUGAUAAUUGUUAUUCGAGCCAUUUAAAUGGUCCAUAUUUGCAGGGAGCCCGUUCCUGCAGAGGCGGCAUCAAUUGGUAUCACUGGCAUAACUAUAUGUAUUCUUUGAAAUUUGUUGAAAUGAUGCUGCGGCCAGUUCCCGGUGAUGAGGAUCUCGAACACACCACAACUGAAUUGGCAGAAGCCAUCAACGUAACUAAGUCUUCAAAUGCCAUAUCACCCGACGGAUUAUCCACGAAUGGCGAGUCUAGUACCUAA